CUCGACCCCCCCCUCCCCACCCCCCAUGAGGCUGUUCAGGCGGCCGCGGUCUCCGGCCCUGGUGCUGCUGUUCCUGCGGCCGCUGCUCGCUUCCGGAGACUUGGCGUCCAGCCCGCGGACCGGAGCCAUGAACCCGGGCGGCGGCGCGCGGGGCUCCCCGGUGGACAGCCACCGCUUGCAGCGUUCCACCGUGCCAGGCUCCGACCCGCAGCGCAGCAACGAACUGCUCCUGCUGGCGCCCGGGGAGGGAGCCGCCCCGGAGACUAGGCACCAUGUCCUCUACUUCCCCGGGGAUGUGCAGAAUUACCAUGAAGUUAUGACUCGUCAUCCUGAGAAUUACCAAUGGGAAAAUUGGAGUCUAGAAAAUAUUGCCACCAUCUUAGCCCACCGUUUUCCUAAUAGUUACAUUUGGGUGAUAAAGUGUUCCCGAAUGCAUUUGCACAAAUUCAGCUGCUAUGACAAUUUUGUGAAAAGCAACAUGUUUGGUGCACCAGAACACACUCCAGACUUUGGGGCCUUUAAGCACUUGUAUAUGUUAUUAGUUAAUGCUUUCACCUUAACUCAGAAUGGUUUGCUGUCCAAGAACAGGAGUGUUUGGAAUAAGGAUUGCAAAGUGUCUAACUGUGAGUCUAACUCUUCUACUGCUAGUAAUGGUGGCCAAGAGGAAAAAGAGAGGACCUGUGAAAAUGGGGAUGAGUCUGCUGCGAGUUUUGCUCCAUUAUCAUUGAAUGAUGCAUCAUUUACUUUGAUUGGAUUCAGUAAAGGCUGUGUUGUUUUGAACCAGUUGCUGUUUGAGUUGAAAGAAGCCAAGAAAGACAAGGACAUAGACACUUUCAUCAAAAGUAUAAGAACGAUGUAUUGGCUGGAUGGUGGUCAUUCUGGAGGAAGCAAUACUUGGGUCACAUAUCCAGAAGUCUUGAAAGAAUUUGCUCAAACAGGGAUCAGUGUUCACACUCAUGUAACACCUUACCAAGUACACGAUCCAAUGAGAUCCUGGAUUGGAAAGGAGCACAAGAAGUUUGUUCAGAUACUUGGGGACUUGGGUAUGCAGGUGACUAGUCAAAUUCAUUUUGCAAAGGAAACUCCCUCCAUAGAGAAUCAUUUCAGGGUUCAUGAAGUGUUCUGAGACUUAAUUGCUUUCUUAGUGGGAGAACCAAGUACUUUGUUAUAAACACAGAAGAUGAGAUAUAAGAGUAAUUAGAUGCAUUGUCACUCUGUGGGCUAAGAUGCACAUUCCAGAAAUAUGAGUGUCAUAUAUGGUUGGAUUCCUUGCAUGUAAAUGUGGGCAUCUUUAAAUUUUGAUUGGAUUAGAAUUAAUUUGGAGUCUAGAAAAGUAUUUUGUGAUAAUUCUAUGUCCUUUAAAAAUGAACGAAACUUGGGUGUUAGUCUUUUUAAAAGGUAACAUAAUUGGUAUUGGAAAUAGCUAAUUUUCUGAAACCUGUUUUAAACUAACAUUGAUAAAAACUGCUGAUUUAGCUGCUGACUACAGACACUUCUUUCUGUCCCAAGGUUUGGGGGGGAGGCUCUUGCACCCAGCAUCCUGCCUCCUGGAGAAGUUUUGUGAACCCUUGGACUCAUUCUCAGUGUUCCACCAAGUGUUUGUUUUGUUUUGUUUUUUAAAGUCAAAAUAUAUUUAUUCCCUCAUAUCCAAGAUCAUAGAAUUGUAUAGUUGGUUUUUAAAAACAUAUUACAGUAAGCGCUGUAAUGUAAUUGACAGGUUUUAAUUAUCUGUUAGUGUGCUCUCAACAGGAGACAGAUUCCACGGACCUAAAUCAGCGUUUCUUCAGAAGCAUGGUUUUGUCUGCCAAGAGAAAAUAGCUUUCUUUGGCCAAAUGUAAAAUUACAUUGAGAUAAGAAAGGUUACAAAGGAAAGUUUGAAGACACAAAUAAUUUAAAUUUUGGCCCAGAAACUGAAUUUGCUUAACACUGCUACAUAAUUUGGGUGAAGUUUCCUUCUGCCCAUUUUUCUUUACUAGAUAAAUGCAUUUUGAAGCAGCAAAAUCUAACGCAUUUCAAACAAUAUUGGAACAAAGCUGCAUGGUUAUAAAAAGUAGCACUUCUUACAAAUAAAUAAAUAAAGCAUUAUAGGUCAUGGAAUAACCAAACAGUGAAUAACAUGCUACUUUGGGAUUGAAAAGAAAAUGUAUACUAAAGAUUAGUAUCUUAACAUACGCAAAGUGUUUACUUGGUUUCUUCCAAAAUUACAUUAUUGCGAAUUUCCUUAACUUUAAGCACUGUGAUUGGGUGGCUACAUUAAAUUUGUUUAAUAAUAGUCAAAUGUAUCACAUAAUGUAAAAUAGCUGAAUUCCUGAAUGGUCAUACUAAGGGAAGGCUUUAGUUUUCACAGCAUUAACUGAAGUGAAAAGGGUAUUUUAAGAAUUCAUUUUAAAAGUCCGAGUUAGUUCUUCACCUUUCCACUCAUGUGAAUUUUCAGUUGUUAGAAGUUAAAGUGAUGUUGCUCCAAGGGACACCUAGAACUGUUACUGCCUCUGGAGGUAGUGUUGAGUAGAACAGAUACUUUGGAGUAGAAAUGACUGUUAAUCCACACACAGGUAUUUCUGUAUAAUACUACAAAUUCCACAUUUGUUUAAAACUGUAUAUGUUAAAUUUGUUGUUGUAAAUGCUUGUCCUACUUGAUUGUGCCUUUGUAAAGAGACACAGAGAAGUGGUUCUACAAAUGUGAACAUGGUUACCACCACAGCAUGAAUGUCUAAUUGUAUUAAAAUCAUAAUCCCCAGGAAUGUUAUUUGGAUGUUUAUCUGUGCACUUAGCCCAUUGGAAAGGAAACUGUUCACCUUGUCGUUUUGUGUCUGCUUUUGCUUCCCGGUCUUUCAAGUGAACAACUUUCCUUUUCAUGGAGUUCACCUCUUAAUUAUUCCAUAACUGUUGGCAUUAUACUCAGUUCUUCUGUUGUGCUCCUAGAGGAAGUUCUUCAAAACCUCUCCCUUUUCUUUGCUGAUUGUCUUAGUUGUCUGGACUAUUUUGUCCCCAUAAAAGACUAUUGGAAUCUAGUGUGAUUCAUUUCAUUUCUUCAGUGUCCAAGAACCCACCUAGUGUAAGGAGACGCUAAGCCCCAAGGAUCUAACAUCAAGUCCCAGCAUGUUGGUGGAGAAACAACAGUGUAGACCUUAAGCAGGAACAUCUGAAACAAAGUAUUGUAUUGCAUCUGAAGGCUUUCCUUCUAGAGAAACAUGAAUUAAGGAAUAGUGGUCUCAUCUAUGACUUGCAAUGCUUUAACUGAAGUGGCCUCAGAAUUGUGAGUCAGUCGUGGACACAGGCCCUCGAGUAAUUUUAGUGUCUCCUGGUAUGUUUAAGACACUCAUUGAUGACUUCUACAUUUGAAGCAAGGUCAACACCAGAGUGGCAGUCUGUCAGUUCCUCCUGAAACACUGGAGAAAGGAGUCAGGUUGGCACAGUCCCAAAUUCUAUCACCAACUGCCUUUCACCUCCGUGAAUGACCUAUCCUAUUCCACAACUCAUAAAAUUUAACUUCAAUUUUUUUUUUAGGUAUGAGAUAUGCUUUGUUAUUGGGUUCUUUGCAAAUGUUCACAUAGCUGUUACAAAAGGAUAAAUUCAGCCCUGUUGACUAUCUCUUGGUAUUUCAUACAUUUCAAAAUUAUGAAAUUAAGAACUCUCAAUGUCAUAUGUAAAGAAAAAUAUUGCGUCAUGAAAAGCUAAUAAGUUUUAAAAUGUGUUUUUGAACAUAAUGUACAAAACCACAGAUGUCUCCUGGAACUACUCAGCCUCAUCUCAGCAAUUGCUGUCACUGGUUGGUUGUGUACCUAGCAGAGCUAAUUCUGUCUAUGUAAACGUUUGCACAGAGCACGCAUUGUACAAAUGGCAACAGAGUUAUAAGGUUUGUGUGUAAUUAAACUGGACCAAUUCCAUCCAGCUCACAA